GCCUGCACCACCUCCUCCAUCCCGCCUGCACCACCUCCUCAUCCCGCUUGCACCACCUCCUCCAUCCCCUCGCACUUCUCCACAAGCUCCCUCGUCCAUCUCCACCUCUCUGCCGGGAAGCAGGCGCUCGCAGGAGCAUGGAGAGCGCAGGCAACGUCUCGGAUGGAGAAGAUCGCAGUUCGAUCGCCGCCUUGAUGAACGCCAGCGGCGUGGCCGCGCUGUGUGGCAACAUGAGCGCGCUGGCCAACGCCACGGAGGCGCGCUGCGAGGGCGAGCGAGUGCGGAGCGGCCGCCCGGACGACGCGGACUCCAACCCGGUGAUGAUCGCCAUCGUCAUCACGGCGCUGUACUCCAUCGUGUGUGUGGUGGGGCUGGUGGGCAACGUGCUCGUCAUGUACAUCAUCGUCAGGUACACCAAGAUGAAGACGGCCACCAACAUCUACAUCUUCAACCUGGCGCUGGCCGACGCCCUGGUCACCAGCACGCUGCCCUUCCAGAGCGUCAACUACCUGAUGGGCACUUGGCCCUUUGGGGACGUGGUGUGCAAGAUGGUGAUGUCCAUCGACUACUACAACAUGUUCAUCUCCAUCUUCACGCUCACCACCAUGAGCAUCGACCGCUACGUGGCCGUCUGUCAUCCCGUCAAGGCUCUGGACUUCAGGACGCCGCGCAACGCCAAGAUCGUCAACGUCUGCAACUGGAUCUUGUCGUCCGCCAUCGGCCUGCCCGUCAUCUUCUUGGCCUCCGCCCAUGUCACGUCGUCGUCCAGCACGGUGGACUGCAAGCUGCUGUUUCCACACCCGUCCUGGUACUGGGACACCAUGCUGAAGAUCUGCGUCUUCAUCUUCGCCUUCAUCAUGCCCGUCAUCAUCAUCACCGUCUGCUACGGCCUCAUGAUCCUGCGCCUCAAGAGCGUGCGCAUGCUCUCCGGCUCGCAGGAGAAGGACAGGAACCUGCGGCGCAUCACCCGCAUGGUGCUGGUGGUGGUGGCCGUCUUCAUCGUGUGCUGGACGCCCAUCCACAUCUUCGUCAUCAUCACCGCCCUCAUCAACAUCCCCAGCUCCACCCUGCAGACCAUCACCUGGCACUUCUGCAUCGCCCUGGGCUACACCAACAGCAGCCUGAACCCCGUCCUCUACGGCUACUUGGACGAGAACUUCAAGCGCUGCUUCCGAGAGUUCUGCUCGUCCAGCCCCUCACUCAUGGACAUACACACCUCCUCACGGGGCGGAGCUGCGGGACGCAAGGCGCCACAACGUGAGCGCAAUAACAGCACGCUGACGGGAGAGAGGUCCAAUCUACAGGUAUGACUAGCCGUGGCGGAGACGUCGGUGGACUCAGGGCGGUGUGGCGGCGGCGGCGGCGGCGGCGGCGGCAAGGAGGAAGUCAGCUGUGAAGUGACUCAAGUCACCACGGGGCUCUGACAUGUUGGACGCCAUCCUUGGCCAAGAGGGCGCCGCAGGUAAAGUUGAUGUUUCCUGCUCGUUGGAGCGUGACGUCACAUGACUUUGUGACCACACAGACUUUAGCUCCUCCCCUAAGAGGCAGACACUUGAUUAGGUACACCUGCGAGAGUUGAUGCAGUAAGAAAAGGCUGCAGUUCCAUGCCAGGCCUGCAGUGGCAGCACAGCACAGCACAGCGCCACCUGCUGCUUCUUUCCUCCACUCGCCCCAUGCAUGAGUCCAGCAGGGUCUAGACCAUGGAACAACCUUCCAGUCUCUGAGGACAUUUCAAUGUACUCAAGUCCACUUAGGCAGGACAUCUUCUUUCUUUUUAGUUCUUCUUCUACAUGUUAUUGCUAUUUUAGCUGAUAUAUUCUGCACUUCUUUAAAAAGUAUAUUUGACUCUUGUGUUCUUCUAUGUGACCUUUUUCUUUUAUUCUUGCACAAUGUUGCUGUCUGUGCACAACUUUGGCCUCCCGAAAUGUGCUGUGUCAACAAAUAAAUCCACGGAACCCAACUGAACAUGAAAAAGUCCGAAGCAAUGACGUGUUCCUGUUAUGAAGCGGAUCUGCACCAAAAUGAGACAGUUUCUACUUUGGCCCUUGUCCAGGGUGUACCCCGCCUUCCGCCCGAUUGUAGCUGAGAUAGGCUCCAGCACCCCCCGCCACCCCCGAAGGGAAUAAGCGGUAGAAAAUGGAUGGAUGGAUGGAUGGAUACAAGUAAGAUGCUCAAUGGCGGCUAGUUGGGUUUGUGCAGGUGUCAUGUGACCUUGCAGGUGUGUGCAGGUGUCAUGUGACCUUGCAGGUGUCAUGUGACCUUGUAUGCACACAAAUGUUGUAUCUUGACUUAAUUCUGUGGAAAAAGUCACUUGUUUGUGGACUUCUGACAACAGACAUGAAGCCGCUCAGCAUGUUCUCUCUCUCUCCGUGUUCAGUCCACUUCAAAAAGUGAAGCCAAAGCAGCUUUGUUUACCACAUCGAUGGUAUUGAAAAGCAGACGCAUUAGCGUGUUUGGACGCCUUGACACGAGCUGUGAAAAAGAGCGGCCAUUACCGGCGGUCUGAGUGCACCUUGAUGUCAUUUAAACACGCAGGAUUGUUUGUACUCGUGUCGUAGUUCCUGAUGAAGUGCUUGAUAUUUACUCUGCCUGGCCAACAAAAAAUAAAAAGUGCUUAUUUUAUGGGAGGAAAUAUAUUUGGUAACUAAAGCAGUGCAACUGUGUGGUUUCUCCCAGUCAAUCAGAGAGAAAAGGUCACGGAAAUGUAAAACUAAAUAUAUUUUUUUCAAUGACAGAAUUAAAAUGGAUAAAGUCUAAAUAAAUGAGUACACUAAUAAGGAAAAUAGAGUAUUUUAAACAGACUCAUAAUAUUUAUCAUGUGACGUGUUGGACAAAUAUUGGCUAAAGAAGAAAAAAGUAUUUGACGAUCCCUGCAAGGAAAUACUACGUCUGACAUCACAUUCUUUUAACAUUUUGAUGACGUUCAUUCAGGAAAUGCAAUCUUAAUCUUUUGAUUCCUCACUUCCUGCUUCGAGCUUGUCAGAAAUUGUUGGCUUUUGUUAAAAACAGCAACCAAAUAAAUCAAUAAAAAGUGCUUAUUUUAUGGGAAGGAAACAUAUUUUUUAACUAAAGCAGUACAACUGUGUGGUUUCUCCCAGUCAAUCAGAGAAUAAAGGUAACGGAAAUGUAAAAGUAAAUAUAUGUUGUCAAUGACAGAAUCAUAAUUAAAAUGAAUCAAAUCUAAAUAAUGAAGUACACUAAUAAGGAAAAUAGAGUAUUUUAAACAGAUUCAUAAUAUUUAUCAAUCCAAUGACAAUGUCAAAAAAUGACAUUCCUAGGGAUCACAUUUUCAAUGUAUGAAUAUUUUCAUUGUAACGUAUUUAAGCCUUCAAUUGAUGAAUAAUAAAUAGAGGAUAAAAGUUUAUUUUGAAGACUUUCCUGUCAUGUGCACGACAGAAACAUCUUCCUCUGUACGAUGACUUCCUGCACAGAAAGAAGGUCGUGUCCAAAAGAAACAGGUCAGCA